GUCUCCAGCGGCCAAGAAGAGAAAGCUCGUUCCCAACGGCUCCCAGGCGAAGAGGAAGCCGGCCUCCAGCAGCGAUGACAGCUCCAGCGAGGAGGACGAGACGCCCCCGGCCAAGAAACCAGCAGCAGCUGUGCCCAAGGCAAAAGCAGUUCCUCCAGCCAAGAAGGCAGAGAGCAGCAGCGAGGACUCCAGUGACGAUUCAGACUCGGAGGAGGAGAAGAAGCCAGCAAAGAAAGGUGCAAAACCUGUGGUAAAGCCAGCUGGAACCAAAGUUCAGCCUCAGAAGAAAGCAGAGAGUUCCAGCUCUGACUCGAGCAGCUCAGAUGAGGAAGCACCAAAGAAACAGCCACCAAAACCAGCAACACCUAAACCAGGGAGUAAAGCUGCCCCGUCAACCACCAAGGUGGUCAAUGGAAAAGCAGCAAGCAGUAGCAGCAGUAGUGAAGAUUCUGAUGAGGAAAAGGCUGCACCGAAGAAGGCUGUGCCCAAGAAAUCACCUCUGCCAAAACCUGCAACCACACAAGCAUGCCCAGGCAAAAACAAACGGGCCAAGGAAAGUUCCAGUAGUGAGGACUCAUCUGAUAGCUCAGACGAUGAAAAGCCGCCUGCAAAACAGAAACCGAAAUCUGGUCAGUACAGUGCUGUACCACCUCCUCAAGCCACACAGGCAAAGAAGGGCCUGGCCAAGGCUCCUGCAAAAAAGGCUGAGAGCAGCGACUCUUCAGACAGUAGUGAUGAGGCAGAGCAGGUGCCCCCAAAAGGAAAACCAGGCAAAGCAGUAGUAGCUAAAACAGUCCCUGGCCCCCAAAACAAAGCUGUGACUACCAAGAAGGCUGAAUCCAGUUCUGACAGUGACUCAGAUUCUAGUUCUGAAGAUGACAAGAAGAAGGCAGGGAGUAAACUCCCAGCUAAACAGCCUGUGAUAAAGAAUACUUCCAAACCAGCAAAAGUAGCUAUCAAGCCUGGACAAGCCAAGAAAGACUCCAGUUCCUCUUCAGAGAGCUCAGAUUCUGAUAGCUCUGACAAGAAGGCCCCUGUGAAGCCCACAAAUAAAGCAGCAACCCCUGCAACGAAGAAGGCACAAGCUGCCACAAAGAAAGCACAGAGUAGCUCUGAUUCAGAUAGCAGCUCCAGCAGCUCUGAGGAUGCAAAGAAGAAGAAAGGCACUCCAGCUAAAUUAACUGGCAAAGUGGGUAAGCCAGUGUCCAAACCUUCUACCCCAGCUCCCAAAGCAGCCACUUCUGACUCUGAUAGCUCAAGCAGUGAAGAAGAAAAGAAGCCAGCAGUGAAACCAGCCAUCAAACCUACAGGGGCAACAAAAGCAGCUGUGGGAAAGAAGGCAGCUGCUUCUAGUAGUAGUAGCAGCUCAUCUGAUAGUUCCAGUGAAGAGGAUGAGAAGCCCAAAAAGGCAGGGAAAGGGGCGCAGAACAGUUCUAAGACCACUGCCUCCACAGAGAAAGCAAAAACACCCACACCGGCAGCAAACAACAUGAAGUCUAAGCCAGCUGGUGGCAGCAGUAGCAGCAGUGAAAGCAGCUCUGAAGAAGAGGCUGGAAAAGUCAAUGGAGGCACGAUCAGGAAGAAACAGAAGAGGGAAGAUGUUCAGGAGCCAGAGACACCACACAGUAAAAAGGCAAAGAUCAAAGCCAAAACACCACACACCGUUCCGAAGGUGAAACAGUCAGCCACGCCGUUCCGCCGCGUAAGGGAAGAAGAGAUUGAGCUGGAUCCCCGUGUUGCUGAUAACUCAUUUGAAGCAAAGAAAGGAGCAGCUGGUGACUGGGGUGAGAAGGCUAACAAUAUCCUGAAAUUCACUAAAGGCAAAUCUUUCCGCCACGAGAAGACAAAGAAAAAACGAGGCAGCUACCGUGGGGGCACUAUAUCGACCCAAGUCAAUUCUGUCAAGUUUGAAAGUGACUGA